AGCACUCUUCUGGCUCGCUUGUUCCGGACGCGGAACGUGUUCCUGCCUCGAGGCCUACCUUCCUCAGGUGACUCGGGUCACAGCCCACUCCCAGCCCGGGAAGUUCACCUGAAGUCCCUCACGCAUCUGAGGGUCCUUCCGGAGCAGCAGCGGCGGGUCCAUGGAGAAGGGUCCGGGGCGGGUGACGCUGAAGUCGCGGGGCGCCAGGUGCAGCAAUGGGUUCCUCGAGGGGGAGCCGCCGCGGCCCGGGCCAAGCCCUCCCGCCGAGAAGCCGCCGCGACCGGAGAGCAAGAGCGCCCAGCCGGCGGACGGCUGGAAGGGCGAGCGGCCCCGCAGCGAGGAGGACAACGAGCUGAACCUCCCCAACCUGGCGGCCGCCUACUCGUCCAUCCUGCGCUCGCUGGGAGAGGACCCCGAGCGGCAGGGGCUGAUCAAGACGCCCUGGAGGGCGGCCACGGCCAUGCAGUUCUUCACCAAGGGCUACCAGGAAACCAUCUCAGAUGUCCUAAAUGAUGCCAUAUUUGAUGAAGAUCAUGAUGAGAUGGUGAUUGUGAAGGACAUAGACAUGUUUUCCAUGUGUGAACAUCAUCUAGUUCCUUUUGUUGGAAAGGUCCAUAUCGGUUAUCUUCCUAACAAGCAAGUUCUUGGCCUCAGCAAACUUGCUCGGAUUGUAGAAAUCUACAGUAGAAGAUUACAAGUUCAGGAGCGCCUUACGAAACAAAUUGCCGUAGCAAUCACAGAGGCCUUGCGACCUGCUGGAGUGGGGGUCGUGGUUGAAGCAACUCAAAUAAAAGUAAUUAAUAAAGGGGUGAGCCCUGUAUUUUCUUCUUGCCACCUUUUAGUGGCAACAUUCAAGAAAACUGCCAAUAGUGUAAGUUGCAACCCCAUGGACUAUAGCCCACCAGGCUCCUCUGUCCCUGGAAUUCUCCAGGCAAGAAUACUGGAGUGGGUAGCCAUUCCCUUCUCCAGGAUAGUGUAAGUUACUUCUGUAAAACCACUGCCUUUCAGGUAACCUGAGGGUGCUGGGAAGGGAGAAGGAUUCAUGUGUUUUGUUCAGAGUAUGGUAAUUUGAUUCAGAAGCACAGGAAUGUUGGGGAUGGGAGAAGAUUAUGGUCAAUAUGUUUGUUUUACCCUCUCCAAACAAAAAUGGUGUGCUUGAAAUAAUUUAUGUACAGUGUGCAGCAUUGCUCUGCAAAUUGAAAAUCCAAAAGGCUCCACUUUAAUCAUGAUUAUUUAACCACCUGACACUUUAUUUUUUAUAUAUUUUUUAAACUAUCCAGUUGUAACAUAUGUCACCAAGGGGAAGGUAGCGGAAUAUCUAUGUAUUUUAAUUUCACUGUGAGUUAAAAAGGCAAUUUCUACCCUCUAUUCUUUUUAAAAUUCAAGUACAGGAGAUUAGUUCCUGAAGUUGUUUACGAGUAUAUUCUCAUGUCAAUAUACAGGGAUUUAGACAUUUAACUCUCUGUGCCUUGAGGAGAAUAUCACACCAUUUAGAGUGUAGAUACCUUUGCCUUUUUUUUUAAAAAAAAAAAGCCAUUAUUUUAUAAGACUUAGUCCUGACAUUGCAAAUAACUAGUUCUCACAGUUCUACCUUUUCAUUUUUCUUGGGAGCUUACUUUGUGAGUUCCUUGUAGAUGCCUCAAAAAAAUUUUUUUUAACUUAUCAAAUGUUUUUCUAAGUAUUUACAGAAACUUUUGAAAGUGUCCAUCAUUUUCGGGUUUGCAGAACCAUAGCUUCCGUGAAUGUGAGAGAAUGCAGAUUGCGCUGUGAACUGUUUUGAGCUCUGUCCCAUGUCUAAUGAAAGCGGUUUUGUUGGUGUCUGUGAAAAUGCACCAUCAUUUUGUGGAAUGAGUGUAAAAUACUGGAAACGGGUAUACGAGUUUCCCGUGUGGUCCAAGUGGAUCUUAUCUUUGGUGUGACUGUUCAAGUGGGAUAGGUCUUUUAGUCCAGGAAGCUGCUGCCUUAUUAAUGAUUAUCUUAAAAUUUCCUCCACUGGGGCAGUGUGGGCCAAAUUGAAACAAACAACAACAACUAAAACCCCAACUCUCUGCAAAAACAAAUACAGUUAUUCCAUGGAGAAGUCUCUGAUAUGGAGAAGGCUGACACUGUGCUCUUCAAAUUUAUCCUGUUACCUUAACAAGGAUUAACCACAUACUUGCUGUAACUCUGGUAGUUCUGCCUCUGCCACUCUGAUGCUAUUUGGCUUAUGCAAGGGCAAGAUGGCAGAGGUGUUUUUUUUGUUGUUGUUGUUUAAUUUUAACUCUUCCCUACUUUUAGUUCCUUUAUUUUCUCUAUAUUUGGAGUUUCUAAAGUAGUUUGGUGGUUAAUUCUGAGUUCCCUUUAAAAUUUAACCUGAUAUAGACAUUAUCCUACUUAACAUUUAGACAGAGAUAGAAUUAACAUUCACCUCAUGCUUAAUAUUCUCAAGUUUUUACAGCUGUGACUUGGAGGACCAAAGAAAUUGUUAGCUGUUAAUUCAUCUUCCUGAGAUCAAUUGUAUUCCUUUUUAACUCUUUAAGAUUUCCCAGAAAUGUUCUCAUAAAAGUUUAAAAUAUCCAUGGUAUUGGUCUAGAGUGUUGGUAAAUGCAGAGUAACUACCUUGUCUGUUUUACUCUGGUCUGUAAGUUCUUCAAAAUUACCUUUUCAUAUCCGUGGCCUUGAGUUCAUUUUGGGAGUUUUUAAGAAUUUGAUGCUUUUAAAUACACUGUUCAAUUUAAUUGUUCAACUUUUAUGUAUGGUGUAUAUUGUUCCUGAAGCUGGUUUUAUUUAAAUUAUUAAAGUGUUUUGACUUUGUUCUUGUGAAAA